AUGGACAAGAGUUGGAUGCAAAUCACUGAUAGAUUUGGAUCUAUGGAAUAUGCUAAAGGAGUGAAGGAGUUCCUUACCUUGGCCCAAACUUUAGCUGAGGGUGAGGAAAUUCGUUGCCCAUGUGUCAGAUGUUCAAAUAAUUACUUCCUACCAAUAAGCCAGGUAGAGAGACACUUGUUUAUUAAAGGUAUUGACAAGAAUUACACGACAUGGAUUUUUCAUGGUGAACAAGAAGAUUUAAUCAUAAGUGAUGAUAAUGAUAAUGUACAUGAUCCUGAUGAAGAGGAUGACUUCAUUGAUGACGUUGAUGUUAUGUUACAAGAUAUUCGGGCUGGGGGAUUUCCUGAUGUUCCCAUAAGUGAUUCAUUCCAUGCUACGGGUUCCACAUCGGUCGAUACCUUUUCUGAUCGAACUUUCGACCAGCUGUUGGCUGAUUCCCGGCGUCCUCUUUAUGAAGGUUGUACAAAGUAUUCUAAACUAUCAUUCACUGUCAAGUUGCUGCACAUUAAAACACUUGGUGGUUGGAGUGUAAAGUCGUUCGACAUGCUUUUACACUUGUUGAAGUCAGCUUUUCCCAAUGCCCUUUUGCCAAAUUCAUAUCAAGAAUCACGUAACUUGGAAAAAGGGUUGGGCUUUACUUACACCAAGAUACAUGUUUGUCUGAAUGACUGCAUACUUUAUUGGAGGGAAAAUGUGGAUAAAGAUGAGUGCCCGAAAUGUAAACUUUCAAGGUGGAAGUUCAGCAACACUAAGAAGAGACGAAUUCCUCAAAAGGUUUUAAGACAUUUUCCGUUGAAGCCAAGGUUGCAGAGAUUGUUUAUGUCACAAAAAACAUCAGUUGAUAUGCGGUGGCACAAGGAUCAGCAUGUCAUUCAGCAAGAUAUUCUAAGUCAUCCUGCUGACUCUGAGGUGUGGACGACAUUUGAUCAAGAGCAUGCUUGGUUCGCAGAAGAUCCAAGAAAUGUCAGGCUUGGUUUAGCUAGUGAUGGUUUCAACCCAUUUAAUAAUUUGGCUAAGCCUUAUAGCGUAUGGCCAGUGAUUCUUGUCCCUUACAACUUACCUCCGUGGUUGUGCAUGAAGGAUCCAUUUUUUAUCACUUCACUCUUGAUUCCUGGACCAAGAUCACCAGGAAAUGAAAUCGAUGUUUAUCUUCAGCCUUUGAUAGAUGAAUUGAUUGAUCUAUGGGAUAAUGGUGUUGAUACAUACGAUGCAAAGACCAAAGAGACUUUCAGAUUGCAUGCAGCAUUGCUAUGGACAAUCAACGACUUCCCUGCUUAUGGAAACCUCUCCGGGUGGAGUACUAAGGGGAAGAUGGCAUGUCCAUCGUGCAAGGAAGAAACAGAUUCGAUGUGGUUGCCAUAUAGCCGAAAGCAUUGUUACAUGGGUCAUCGCCGAUUCUUGCCACCGGGCCACAUCUGGAGAAAGAAAAAGACUAUUUUUAAUGGCAGUGCAGAGCAUCGUGACCCACCUACAAUGUAUUCAGGAGAAGAUAUACUCAUUCAACUCCAAAGUAUUCCUGAUGCAAAUUUUGGCAAAGCCAUAAAGAAAAGAAAGCGUACCACAGAGGAGUUCAAUUGGACCAAGAAAAGUAUCUUCUUUCAAUUGCCAUAUUGGUCGACUAUAAAGAUUAGACAUAAUCUAGAUGUAAUGCACAUUGAGAAGAACAUAUGUGACAACAUCUUGGGAACUUUGAUGAAUAUCUCUGGCAAAACUAAAGAUCAUCCUAAUGCACGUCGUGACCUUUCCACUCUCAAUAUAAGGGAGGAGUUACACCUUAUUCAGGAUGGACAACGCAUUAGUAUGCCACAAGCAUGUUAUACGUUGUAUGGAGCUGAGCGGACUGGUUUUUCUAAUUGGUUGCACGGUGUGAAAUUUCCGGAUGGCUUCGCUUCAAACAUUGCCAGAUGUGUUAGUGUAAGUGACUGCAAAAUCUCGGGGAUGAAAAGUCAUGAUUGCCAUAUUUUCAUGCAAAGAUUACUUCCUGUUGCAAUUUCUGGAUACUUACGCCAAGAUGUACGAUUGGCACUUUUCGAGCUAAGCACUUUCUUCAAAGAAUUGUGUGCUAGAACAUGUAAGAAGGAAGUCUUAGAGCGGCUUCAAGCUGAUAUCGUCGUUAUUCUUUGCAAGCUUGAGAUGAUUUUUCCGCCUACCUUUUUCGACAUAAUGGUGCAUUUAGCAUAUCACUUGCCAUGUGAGGCCCUGCUUGCAGGGCCAGUUCAAUAUAGGUGGAUGUAUCCUUUCGAGAGAUAUCUCGGAAAAUUCAAGAGAUAUGUUAAGAAUAAAGCCUACCCGGAAGGUUCAAUAGCUGAGGCCUAUAUCCAUGUUGAAUGCUUGAAUUUUUGUUCCAUGUACCUCCAUGAUGUUGAAACUAGAUUCAAUCCUCCUGAACGUAACGUCGACGAAAGAGAAGAGGGUGUACGAGAGGGACUUGAUGUUUUUUCACAGAAGGUGCGACCCAUGGGUUUUGCAUCACGUCACCAAUUAGACGAUGAUGCUUUCAUAAAAGCCAGAUGGUAUGUUCUUAAUAACUGCACAGAGAUUGGAGAAUACCUAAAUGAGCACUACAUGCAAGUGAGUGAAGAGUAUCCCAAUAAUGCCGAUAGUAUGCAUGCUGCAAAAUUUCCAGACUGGUUCAAGUCACAAAUUCAAGCUAGGCGUGCUGAUAAUCCCGAAGAAGUUUCGGAUGAUCUAUAUGCUUUAGCAUGUGGUCCUGACCCUUGGGGUGCGUCCUAUUCUGGUUGCAUAACCAACGGUAUAAGAUUUCACACAAAAAAACGGGAAGAACAUCGUCGCACCCAAAACUCCGGUGUCAUGGUCAUUAGUGAACAACCAGGAUCUGAAAAACUUGAGUUCUUUGGUAGACUAAUAGACAUUUUGGAAUUCCGCUACAUGGGUUGGCGUCGUGUUUACUUAUUCAAAUGUGAAUGGUUUGACAUAUCUGAUUCCAAACGAGGGAUAAGUAUGGAACCACAUCUUACUAGUGUGAAUAUGUCACGGACAGCUUAUAAGGACGACCCAUUUGUUUUGGCGUCCCAAGCAUCACAGGUAUUUUACCUAAAAAAUCGCAGCAUCCGUGGGGAAUGGUAUGUAGUCCAAAAGGUCAUACAUAGAAAUGUCUAUGACCUUCCACGAUCAUCCCUUAUUGAAGAUGAUGAAUCUGAUUCUAGUGACGUUGAUGCAUACCAAGAGGAUAAUUUUGGUGAUGUUUACGUGAGUGUCCAUGCUGAUGACAUCCCACUGCAAACAGACAUGCACAGGUCGAAUGUUGAACCGGAGCAGGUUGAUGUUGACACAUUGGUAAUGCAAAGGUCUAAUCGGGACCACUUUGAGCAAGGUUUUAUCAAUGACGAUACCAGCGAAGACAAUUCAGAUCACAGCGCCGAACUAGAGGGUAGCAUAGAAGAAGAUAGAAAUAACCAAGUUGAUUGCAGCGUGACAAUAUCUUAUUGUAUUGAUGUUCUAUUGAAUGGAUGUGUUCGCACCCUUUAUGUAUUUCUGUUGCAUAGAAGACUUUUAUCACUUUGGGAACAUCUAUUGGUUGCCUUCGCCUUGGAUAUGCCGAUCGUUAAAAGAGGUAGAGGUCGAUCACGUGGAGUGAGGGGUGGCCGAGGCCGAGGUAGAUCUCAAAGAAAUGAUGAAGUUCAAGAUACAGUACCCAUUCCUGCCAUUACUGCCCAAAAUGAUGCUUUAUCAAGCUCAGAUGACUGA